AUGGGUAUUUUAACUUGUCUCCUGUUAGUUUUUGUCGUUCCUUCUAUGGGACAAAACUCCUUUUCCAAUAAGAUUAUUCUUAACAAUGGAAUUUUUAACGUUUCGUGGAAUUUCAACGCAUCUCUUGAUACAUUUGAGUUUCUGUUGGAAGUCAGAACUACAGGGUGGAUAGGAUUUGGUUUCGCUUUGAACGCUCCCACCAAUAUGAUGAACUAUGAUGUUGCAGUUGGAGGGGUUUUAAGUAACGGAACAACCUAUCUACAGGUAUGUAUUACUAUUACCAAAACGUUAAAACAUCAGUAAAUAGACUCUUCUUCUAUUGUCUCUGCAUUAUUCACCUUAAAAUGACUCAAGGAAACAAAUUUAAGUCUUUUUUACUCAGAUCUUUUACGUUUUGAGUCACGUGCUAUCAAAAAAGUAAUUUUCAUGUACUUUCAUGUGGUUUUUAAGUGAAACUUUAUCCUGAUUGAGAAGUUAUUACUUCUUCUUCUCAGGUUAACAAAUUCUUAGUUCUUAUGAUUGGAAUUUAUUCACUUGUCUAGAUUAACCAAUGUAAAAAAACCUAAAGUAGCGCAUAGUGGUAAAAGACUAUGCAAAUACCUUUCAGUACAAUAAAAUCUAUGAAUCAGGAAUUUGUGGUGUAGCCGCAGAAGGAUACUUCAAAAAUACUGAAGAAUACUAGAAUAUCACUCGACUUCAAAGCAAGGUUUCGAGGAAUGAAUGCGGUGUUUACCAAUCUGAAAAGUACUUUUUAAAGAGUGGCACAAUUGCCGAUCGGCUUAGCUUUCAUGGUAAGAAGGCGACCGAAAAUUCGAACUGCAGGUUCGUUUUACCUCAGAGCAAUUCGUUGCUAAGCUUCCAAAACAAUUUCACAGCUAAAUUCUGAAUGCGGGCUUCUGCAGCAAUGAUUUCCCUGAAAUUUAUUUGCAUACUUGUUAUAUCAAUGAAAGGUGAUACCAGAAACUUCAGUAAAAAAUAACAGCAAAAUUUCUCACCAGACUCGAUUUUCUUCGUAACUUAGGGUCCACUUAUUGGCUUAUUUCGUUAAAAAAAAAUCAUUAAAACAACAACAACAACAAAAAAACAAUUACCACCAGUAAAAUCGGAUUAUUUCUCAUUAUUACUAAAUGAUAGCUGUAUCUCAUGUCAAAGUUUCUUAGCCAUGAGCGCGUUGAAAUAAAAAAAAGGUUGUGAGGAAAAAGUUCCCCAUACCUCAAUGUAAAAUAACGGAGGCACCGGCCUCACCAUUGAUGUCUUACACUGCACUCACAACCGUUUGUCUGAGACAACAGAAUACAUUUUUUCAAUAAUAAUAAUGAUAAUUAUAAUAAUAAUAAUAAUACUCGAUUUUUGUAGCUAUAGAAUGCAUUCCUGUGACAAUGAUUUUUACAAAUCGACUAAAAUUUUUCUUUUCUUACGUCGAUGACUUCUUGCAAAAAGAAGGGGUAAUUUAUGCAAAGUAAACAAAACAACAGUAAAACCACUUAAAGAGGGAAAAUAUGCACCGUCAAUCUUAGACUUCAAAGGCAAUCGUGCGUGUAAAGUGUAUGUCGUCAAUCCGUUGUUUGUGUGUACCCAAGACUCAAUAUCAUUUUAUAAUUUUUAUAGUGCUGCCGGUGUCUAUUUUUGUUUAGUUAAUCACCAAGGGAACGCAACACACACACUGUGACAGUAUAAGCUGAGUCAUUUAACGCCAGCUAUUGAACUAAAUUGAAAAAUUAAAAGAAUUGAAAUUUGGCAGGUACCGCUAAUUAAGAGCAAUUUAAAUAACUUUUAAAUGAAAAAUUGUACGCGGCUGUUAGAAACAAACUGUAAGCCGCCAAAGCGCUACCCAGGGUACCAGAGGUUUUUUCUCGCGUGCGUCGGGGAGCUUCGUUUCUUCGGCCGCAGGCUGACACUUUUUAAGACUUGACCGAAACCGGAAACCGCACAUGAAAAGCCUCUCGCACCCAGGGUGCCAAAGCACAACCGCAUUCCAAAAAAAAAAAAGAAAAAACUCGAUAAAUCCACUACUUUUAAGAGGACUAUUUUGCAUUAUACGUUCCUUCUAACUCAAAUCAAGGCUCAGUCUGACGAGUUAAUUUAUUUUAGCAAGAUUACGGUUAUUAAUUACAUGCAAUGUACAUUUGAACAAAUUUCUUUGAAUGACUUUAGAUUUUGCCACGAGGUUGUGUUUGCCGCUGAAGUGAUCAAAUGUUAAGUGUACGCAGGCAACCUUUCCAAAAAGUUUAACACCAUUUAUUUCUUUCAUAUCACCUCUUUCACUUAUAUGAAUAAUGUCAUAAUCUAUAAAUUCUAUUCUCGACACGAAAAUAUUUAACUGGAAACAGGUUUUUCAUCAGAAACGGAUGUUUCCGUCUCUUAAAUAUUAAUGAAAUCAGGAGACCUUAACUUCUUGUAACGUCUUCCCUGUUUAUAGUUAAAUAAACUGUAAAGGUUUUUUAAAAAUAACUUUUUGAAAUAACUUCACUUAACUGGUCAGUUAACAAUACCUAUAAGUGUCAUGAGGGAAACCCAACCAGGCGUUGUUUAAUAUCCACUCACGUGCUUUUCCCCAAUUCUGAUUGGCUAAAAGCACACGCAUAAUUCACCAUAACCAGUUACUGAUGACCAAAUUUGGAAGAAUUUUGUUUUUAACGACGAAAUGACGUCAAAAAUGCAGCCAGCUACAGGUUAUGGCAUCGUUAGCGAGAAGACCUGGGGACGAGGUUGAGUUGUUUUGGUUGUGAAAAAAAAAAAUGGCGGACAUUUCACUUGUUUCAAGAGUAAGAACUACAGCUGGAACUAGGCGAAAUAAUAGCUAAAAGCAUGGCAAAAACAGCAAGAAGACAACUCGGAGGGCGACAUCUGCUAUUUGGAGAAUAUUUGCGGAGCUGGACAAACCUAAACGUACACUAUCGAAGAUGAACCUAACAUCGAUGCAGGUAAUUAUGUUUUAGCUAUGUUUAAAACUAGGAAAUACUUUGAAUGAACAAUAAAGCAAUUAAUGAAUUCGGCUUUCGUAGGAUAUGAAGAAUUAAGGUGGCUCGACUGGAUUUUUUGGGGGGGAUACCUCCCAAGUUUCAGCAUUAACUACGUCGCCAUGAAUAAAGAUAUCGAAAAAAGAUUACCACAACUGUAUUACAUAAAGAUGAAAAUUUCUUAUGAUCUAGGUUUUAUUGCAAUCGGAGUCGCCAUGGCAACGUAACAACGCCAUUACGUUUUUUAUUUAUCUUUGUGUUUCUCUGUUCCAAGAGUUUUUAAAAGAAAUCGCUUAAGGGAGCUUGUACCUGCCAUAAUUGCCUCAAUUAUGGCAAAGUUUGAACAAAUUCUAUGGGAGCGUUUUCGAGAUAUUUUGAAACGAAGUUUUAAGCAUCAUAAAAACAGUAAAAUAGCGUGCUAUCCACACAAUUGGCUAAUUUUUUAAGAAAAUGAUAAACUUUGGAAACGCGACUUCAUCUCAUAGUGGUUUGAUUCCAUUGAAAACUGCAUACAAGAAAAGAGGGGAAUUGCUCCGGGCGAUCGCGAGUAAGAAGAAUUUUAUUAACUUGCAUUCAGCUGCUUUUGUUACAGUUUUUGCACGUAAUUUGGUCCAUGCCUACAAUUUUCGCAUUUUUAAAAAAACCGCUCGAUAAAUUUUUUAUAAAUUUGACAAUCCCGAGAUCAAUUGCCAAUGAAAAUACCCUGCAAGUUUCAAGAACAUUGAUAACAGAGAAGGCUUUUAAAUAGGGCCUCAAAUAUAACAAUUUUUCCCCCCAGGUUUUGUAUUUACAAGUGAGCGUCCCCAUUAUUCACUGGCAUUGUUUCCAAGUUUCAUAUGCACGUGCACAUUUAGCAAAAAGAUAUAAAUUUGCAUCAAAAAGAACUCUCCGGCGAUUACUUUCGGAAGAAAUAUCCGAAAUAUGCUAAUAAUUGGCUUGUGUCACAGAUAGCAGUGAGAGCCGAGACGGUGAACGUCACGGCUCGUCGUGUAGGAUGCAAUACUUUAAUAGUUAACUUACUCGGGUUAUAACGUCACAGAAACUCUUACAAAGAGUUGCUGUGAUGUUAUAAUGUAUCACUAAUUUCUUUACCCGGUUAUUAGCAUAUUCAGGAGAUUUAACCGAGGGUCCUUUUUGAUGCAAAUUCUAUCUUUUUGCUAAAUGGGCACGUGCAUAUGAAACUUGGAAACAAUGCCAGUGAAUAAUGAGGACGCUCACUUGUAAACACAAAAUCUGUGGGGAAAAUUUGUUAUAUUUGAGGCCCAAAUGCAGGCGACUUUUCCUGGAGUUGUAUUCUUAAGGAUUUUAUUCAGGUUAAAAAAGAUGAAGGAAAAUUCGUCAUCGUAUGUCCACGUCCUCAUAAAAAUCACGUCGUAGUGGUACAGUGGAAGUGAAAGAAAUGUACUAAAAAGCGUGAUGCACGUGCAGAGCUGUUGUUUUGAUCACUAAACCUAUAGUCGACGUAGUUGCUUAAGCUACCUAAUUUCUCGUAACUCGUCUUGCAAAUUUGCUACACGCCACUGAACUAGUGCCCAAUGAUAAACUUUUUCCGCUUAUUGUACUUCAUGUGACGUUCUAAGUGUGACUGUGUCUUCUUUCAAAAUUGUACACAUUCAUUCUUGAACAUUACAGUUACUUAGUACGCUUUAAAAAAAAAAGUAUUUUCAUCAAUAUUCAAGGUAUUAAAUUAAGGUCUCUAUUAAGUCAAAUACAUUUACGCUGUAGCCUGUAUAAAGUACAAUCAAUUACUUCUUUUCCGAAGAACAAGGCAACGCAAGAGAUCAUUCUCUUGGGCAAGGCUACUUUGCGUCCUCGAGACAUUUAUUGAAAUGUUUUACAAUUCUCAUGCUACUUACCUCCCAAUCGCGGCAUCAAAAAGCGCCGAGACGAGUUUUUAGAUAUUUCGACGUAUGUAGCUGAGUGAUAAUUCACCAUGACACCAUUGCAAUGGUUAAAAAACACAGAAAUACGUUGCUGGUUAAAGCAAAAAGGUAACUUUGAUUUUCUCAGGAUUACUACACCACAGGCCGAAGCAGACCUGAUCCGGACCCACAGCAAGACUUUAUAGUAAUAAAUGGUUCGGAGCAAAACGGAGUUACUAGCCUGACAUUCAAUCGGAGGCGAAACACAACAGAUGCUCUAGAUGUAGCUAUACAGGUAAAAUAGUCUAACGAUUAUGUCUGCAAGCCUUUUUACUUCUUGAUAAAAGAUUAUAUGAAGUUAAUCAAGAAACUGAGAUGAAACAUCUUGUACCCAAUACUUGGAAAGGGUGAUAAGAAUAUAAACGCGUUUGUUUGUUUACAAAAUUCUAUAAUACUGGUUAUCAUUCAAACGAUAAAAUUGUGUUGGUUUAUUCAAUCGCGUUCUUAGUAGUUUUAAAUGUAUGAAAAAGUACUGACAGUACGUUACACUGAACAUGGACAGUGUCAGUGACUGACGUUUCAAUCUGAACCUGCGCGGUAGUCAUCUUCAGAUUCAAAGGGAACAGUAUCGCGUCACUUAAUGGUAUUAAACUAUGAUAGUUGACCUGAUUGGUAUUAGUAUGAUUGGUAUUGGUAUUGUGAAAUAAAUGGUGAUGUUAUUGGCUGUGAUAGUAUAUCAACUUAGCAAAAUCCAAGUAGUGGUCUAUUAUCAAUGUUGAGCAAUGGUUCUGAUUGGUUGAGCUACUACUAGGCUACAUGUUAUAGCCCACUAGUGGCGAAAAGCGCCGGCUUAAAAAACCAAAACAAUGGCGGCUGAAUCGCGUUUUGCUAGAUUAAGUUGUUUUGUCGCGAUAUUUUUGACCAACUAGUUGGAUUUUACUAAAACAAUUAUUCCUCUCCCCCUCAUGGCCUUUGAGUCAAUUAAGCCUAAAGGAAAAAAUAACAAAAUUGAAAGGCUUUUACCUUUUUCUGACGCAAAGCAUUUAAGGCGAUACCAGUCACCCUUUCGCUAAAACUAAUCUGACCACAAGAAUCGCCGUUUUUUAUGCUUUAAAAACUUGUAAAGGGUAAUGGAAAGACGUCGGAGCACUAACCUUUUCGCACAAGUUUAACCAGACCAAUAUGGGCGCGUGGUUUCUUUUAGAGAAAUAUAUUUUUGGUGGGUUGUUGCACUCUAAAUUGCCAUUACUUAAGCAAUAGAAAGCGUUUUCCGUGUUUCAAUAGCCCGAUAUGAGCACAAAGAGUGUUAGUAGGAAAAUUCAAGACAGUUGCACAAAUGUCCAGAAUUUUCGCAACGUUAACCUACCAAGCGACAAUUUUAAUUCAAAUCCGUAACGAAAUUAUCAUAUUAAAUUCUAAAAUAGUUUUGUUUCUGCAAGCUUAUUCCAUAGGACUGGCUAUUAACUAUACCUUGAUUUGCAAAAAAAAAAAUGUUGUUUUAUCUCUUCGAGUUUCCUUGUUUGUGACUCCCAUAAAUGUUUUACCAAAAUGAUGUUAUCGGCUUUGUACAUGUUAAAUAAUAUAACGGCGGUAAUUAAAAUGCCGAAUUGCAAGUCAAACAAGACUUAUUUUCGAACAAUAUUGAGGAAAAUUGUUUUUUGUUCACAGCCUGGCAUGCCGAUUUUUCUAGUUUGGGCUUAUCACCCUUCGGUUGAUGCACAACCCAUGAGCUCGUUUUCUCAGCACCCGAAUGAUGCAAGAGGAGUGAUGCAACAAACUCUUAUACCUGCUGCCAUUACACCGACCCCAACACCAGGUAGGAAUGUUCACUCUAGAAAAGAAAAACCAACUGUAAAUUCGAGGAGUGACGCGGCCUGAAAAAAAUCGUCCAUAAUUUAGAAUUAUGUGAAGUCUCAGCAAGGCAUCAAUUCGCAUGCUAAUUGCCUUUACAAUCUGUGAGCUUUGCUACAAUAAUGGGGAAGGUAUACUGAUGAAACCGUCAAAAAGCUAGAAUUUCAUAUGCCUGUUGCGUUUCAUAGCCAUGUGAUGUUGAAACUGGGAAAUCACGCGUCGUGUCAUUACUAAGACUCUUUAUUGCUUUCCCUUAAACCAUAAAGAAAAGUGGAUUAAAGUACCUCCUUUCAGGAAACUAACAAGGAAUUAAUGCCUGCGUCACAUUGCAUUUCUCCCGCCAUUAACUCAAGAUGAUGUCGAUAAGGGUUAACUAUGUUUUCAAUGUAUUUAUGUUAGCAAUGGCAACUCCCGCAAUAACAGCUACUCCUGUUGUGGAAGUAAGACCGAUGCAUUUUGCAAAUUUUUUGCAAUUGGAUAAUAAUGGCAACUACAACGUGUCGUGGGUGUACAACAACAGCAUGGAUACUUUGCACUUUAUGGUAGAAGUCAAAACCACUGGCUGGAUUGGAUUUGGCGUGGCUACCCAGGCACCAAACAUGAUGAUAAACUACGAUGUGGCCGUCGGAGGAGUGUCUGGUGGUGCAGGUUAUUUAUGGGUAAAGAGAUUGUCGAUCUUUAUUUCCUUGAGAGAAGCCUUUUAAAUUGGAUGUCUUUAUAUUCGCUGUCGCUACCUUAGUAAUAUUGUAAAGCUGUUACGGCCUUUUCGUGUUGUCAGCCAAGCUGUUUUGUUCCCCUCAACAAGAUUCAUCUAAACAAGAAUUGACUGCGGCAUAUCAGGGAAAACAGGAUAAAGAUGAUUUUACCAGCAAGAUUUGUGCCGUGCACUUCUAUCCAUUUUUGCCCUAAAAAUAAGAAGUUGAAUUUUGAUUGUGAUGUUAUUUCCAUUAUAGGAUUAUCUGACCGUGGGUCGCAGGCAGCCGCAGUUGGACCUGCAACAGGACUGGAUGCUGACUUAUUUUAGAGAGGAAAAUAAUGUAACAACAUUAAGAUUUUAUCGACAGCGAGAUACUAACGAUUCUGCUAAUGACACAGUUAUUCAGGUAACAAAGGUGCUUUUUGUGUGCCAUUCAAUAAGAGGCUUUCUUAAAAUUCUUUACAGAAUGAUUGCUUUUAUCUGGUUUAAAUGAUUCAAAUCAGAUACAAUUCAGUUAGAUAUAAGAAACAACAAAAUAUUUACUUGAGCGCAUUCAUAAGCUUUCAUAUAUCAUAUUCAUGUGUUAUUUUGCGUUUUAAUAAGUAAUAAAUUAUUAUCAAUUUUAUUAUUAUUAUUGCAACCUCCCCUAAAAAAUGUUAUUCGCUUUGUAAAGAAAUCGAAUGAUAAUGAUGAAUGAUAAUCUUGGUGAAAUAUGUUUUCAAGACUGUUAAAAUUCGCGCGUUUCCACGGCUGUUGAAGGUUAAUUAUGUUGUUGUGACGUCAUGGAAGGAGACCAUUUGGCACGUACUCACAAACAUUGGGGCGAAAAGUAAUAAUGGGAGAGUGCUUAAGGAGAGCAAGUUCCUUCUUCAAAAAUACAUUCAGCACGCGUAUAACCUUAAAGUGGAAUCUUAUGGAGCCCUAUAGUUAUUCGAAAAUCGGCUGUUUUGCUACAAUCCAAGAAAAACGGAGGCAUCACGCAUGAUUCCAACUUUGCAGCUUACACUUCAGAGAAGUAUGCCUUGCUCGCGUGAAAUUUAUCUCCUUCUAGGACGUGACAUUGUCCGUAGUGCUAGGUACUGACCACAAGAAUGGCCGAAAUUUUAUACUUUAAAAACUUGUAAAGAGGAAUGGAAAGACGUCGGACACUAACCUUUUCGCACAAGUUUAACCAGACAGAUAUGGGCGCCUGGUUUCUUUUAGGAAAAAAUAUUUUUGGUGGGUUGUUGCUCUCUAAAUUGCCAUUACUUAAGCAAUAGAAAGCUUUUUGUUAAUGAUAUACAAAAUAAAUCAUAUAUGAACUGCGGAAAGAAAUGAAAAUGAAGAAAUGAUCAACGCAGUGAACCCAAUUUAUGCAAUUGCGUAAAGAAGCCUGAAAAAAAAAAUCAGGACUUCAACUGGGUUUGAACCCGUGACCUCGCGAUACCGGUGCGAUGCUCUACCAACUGAGCUAUGAAGCCACUGACGUCGGGAGCAGGUCAAUUGUGGGUUCAUAUGUUCCCGUGAAAGAAAUGAGUGUUAAUGAUAUAUGAAAUAAAUCAUAUAUGAAAAGCGUUUUCCGUGUUUCCAGAGCCAGAUAUGAGCACAAAGGGUGUUGGGAAAAUUCAAGACAGUUGCAUAACUGUCCAAAAUUUUCGCAACGUCGAACCUACCAAGCGACAAUUUUUAAUCCAAUCCGUAACAAAAUUAUCAUAUUGGAUUCUAAAAUAGUUCUCUUUCUGCGGGCUUAUGCCAUAGGACUGGCUUUUAACUGUACCUUGAUUAGCAGGAAGAAAAUGUCGUUUUAUCUCUCUGGGUUUCCUUGUUUGUGAUUCCCAUAAUUGUUUUACCAAAAUGAUGUUAUCUGCUUUGUAGUACUACAUGCUAAAUAAUAUAACGGCAGUAAAUAAUGUGUCGAAUUGCAAGUUAAACAAAACUUAUUUUCGAACAAUAUUAAUUGUUUUCUGUUCACAGCCUGGCAUGCCGAUUUUUCUAGUUUGGGCUUAUCACCCUUCGGUUGAUGCACAACCCAGCUCGUUUCCUCAGCACCCGAAUGAUGCAAGAGGAGUGAUACAACAAACUCUUAUACCUGCUGCCAUUACACCGACCCCAACACCAGGUAGGAAUGUUCACUCUAGAAAAGAAAAACCAACUGUAAAAUUCGAGGAGUGACGCGGCCUGAAAAAAAUCGUUCAUAAUUUAGAAUUAUGUGAAGUCUCAGCAAGGCAUCAAUUCGCAAGCUAAUCGCUUUUACAAUCUAUGAGCUUUGCUACAAUAAUGCGGAAGGUAUAUUGAUGAAACCGUCAAAAAGCUAGAAUUUCAUAUGCCUGUUGCGUUUCAUAGCCAUGUGAUUUUGAAACUGGAAAAUGACCCGUCGUGUCAUUACUAAGACUCUUUAUUGCUUUCCCUUAAACCAUAAAGAAAAGAGGAAUAAAGUACCUCCUUUCAGGAAGCUAAAGAGGAGUUAAUACUUGCGUCACAUUGCAUUUCUCCCGCCAUUAAUUCAAGAUGAUGUCGAUAAUGGUUAACUAUGUUUUCAAUGUAUUUAUGUUAGCAAUGGCAACUCCCGCAAUAACAGCUACUCCUGUUGUGGAAGUAAGACCGAUGCAUUUUGCAAAUUUUUUGCAAUUGGAUAAUAAUGGCAACUACAACGUGUCGUGGGUGUACAACAACAGCAUGGAUACUUUGCACUUUAUGGUAGAAGUCAAAACCACUGGCUGGAUUGGAUUUGGCGUGGCUACCCAGGCACCAAACAUGAUGAUGAACUACGAUGUGGCCGUCGGAGGAGUGUCGGGUGGUGCAGGUUAUUUAUGGGUAAAGAGUUUGUCGAUCUUUAUUUCCUUGAGAGAAGCCUUUUAAAUUGGAUAUCUUUAUAUUCGCUGUCGCUACCUUAGUAAUAUUGUAAAGCUGCCACCAUUUCGUAUUGUCAGCCAAGGUGUUUUCUUCCCCUCAAGAAGAUUUAUCUAAACAAGAAUUGACUGCGGCUUGUUAGGGAAAAUAGGAUAAAGAUGAUUUUACCAGCAAGAUUUGUGCCGUGCACAUCUAUCCACUUUUGCCUUAAAAAUAAGAAAUUGAAUUUUAAAUGUGAUGUUAUUUCCAUUAUAGGAUUAUCUGACCGUGGGUCGCAGGCUGCCGCAGUUGGACCUGCAAGAGGAUUGGAGGCUGACUUAUUCUAGAGAGGAAAAUAAUGUAACAACAUUAAGAUUUUAUCGACAGCGAGAUACUAACGAUUCUGCUAAUGACACAGUCAUUCAGGUAACAAAGGUUCUUUUUGUGUGCCAUUCAAUAAAAGGCUUCCUUAAAUUUCUCUACACAAUGAUUGGUUUUAUGUGGUUUAAAUGAUUCAAAUCAGAUACAAUUCAUUUAGAUAAGAAACAACAAAAUAUUUACUUGAGCGCAUUAGAUCAUAUUCAUGUGUUAUUUUGCGCUUUAAUAAGUGAUAAAUUAUCAUCAAUAUUAUUAUUAUUAUUAUUAUUAUUAUUAUUAUUAAAUUGCAACCUCCCCUAAAAAAUGUUAUUCGCUUUCUAUAAAGAAAUCGAAUGAUAAUGAUGAAUGAUAAUCUUGGUGAAAUAUGUUUUCAAGACUGUUAAAAUUCGCGCGUUUCCACGGCUGUUAAAAGUUAAUUAUGUUGUUAUGACGUCAUGGAAGGAGACCAUUUGGCACGUACUCACAAACAUUGGGGCGAAAAGUAAUAAAGGGAAAGUGCUUAAGGCGAGCAAGUUCCUUCUUCAAAAAUACAUUCAGCACGCGUAUAACCUUAUAGUGGAAUCUUAUGGAGCCCGAUACUUAUUCGAAAAUCGGCUGUUUUGCUACAAUCCAAGAAAAACGGAGGCAUCACGCAUGAUUCCAACUUUGAUCCCAGCUUACACUUCAGAGAAGUAUGUCUUGCUCGCGUGAAAUUUAUCUCCCUCUGGGACGUGACAUUGUCCGUAGUGCUAGGUACUAACCACAAGAAUCGCCGAAAUUUUAUACUUUAAAAACUUGUAAAGAGUAAUGGAAAGACGUCGGAGCACUAACCUUUUCGCACAAGUUUAACCAGACCAAUAUGGCCGCGUGGUUUCUUUUAGCAAGAAAUAUUUUUGGUGGGUUGUUGCACUCUAAAUUUCCAUUACUUAAGCAAUAGAAAGCUUUCUGUUUAUAAUAUGUAAAAUAAAUCAUAUAUGAACUGCGGAAAUGAAAUGAAAAUGAAGAAAUGAUCAUCGCAGUGAACGCAAUUUAUCCAAUUGCGUAAAAAAAGCCUGAAAAAGAAAAAUUAGGACUUCAACGGGGUUUGAACCCGUGACCUCGCGAUACCGGUGCGAUGCUCUACCAACUGAGCUAUGAAGCCACUGACGUUGGGAGCAGGUCAAUUGUGGGGUCAUAUGUUCCCGUGAAAGAAAUGAGUGUUAAUGAUAUAUGAAAAAAAUCAUAUAUGUAAAGCGUUUUCCGUGUUUCCAGAGCCAGAUAUGAGCACAAAGGGUGUUGGGAAAAUUCAAGACAGUUGCAUAACUGUCCAGAAUUUUCGCAACGUCGAACCUACCAAGCGACAAUUUUUAAUCUAAUCCGUAACAAAAUUAUCAUAUUAGAUUCUAAAAUAGUUCUGUUUCUGCGGGCUUAUGCCAUAGGACUGGCUUUUAACUGUACCUUGAUUAGCAGGAAGAAAAUGUCGUUUUAUCUCUUUGGGUUUCCUUGUUUGUGAUUCCCAUAAUUGUUUUACCAAAAUGAUGUUAUCUGCUUUGUAGUACUACAUGCUAAAUAAUAUAACGGCAGUAAAUAAUGUGUCGAAUUGCAAGUUAAACAAAACUUAUUUUCGAACAAUAUUAAUUGUUUUCUGUUCACAGCCUGGCAUGCCGAUUCUUCUAGUUUGGGCUUAUCACCCUUCGGUUGAUGCACAACCCAGCUCGUUUCCUCAGCACCCGAAUGAUGCAAGAGGAGUGAUACAACAAACUCUUAUACCUGCUGCCAUUACACCGACCCCAACACCGGGUAGGAAUGUUCACUCUAGAAAAGAAAAACCAACUGUAAAUUCGAGGAGUGACGCGGCCUGAAAAAAAUCGUUCAUAAUUUAGAAUUAUUUGAAGUCUCAGCAAGGCAUCAAUUCGCAAGCUAAUUGCUUUUACAAUCUAUGAGCUUUGCUACAAUAAUGCGGAAGGUAUAUUGAUGAAACCGUCAAAAAGCUAGAAUUUCAUAUGCCUGUUGCGUUUCAUAGCCAUGUGAUUUUGAAACUGGAAAAUGACCCGUCGUGUCAUUACUAAGACUCUUUAUUGCUUUCCCUUAAACCAUAAAGAAAAGAGGAAUAAAGUACCUCCUUUCAGGAAACUAAAAAGGAGUUAAUACUUGCGUCACAUUGCAUUUCUCCCGCCAUUAAUUCAAGAUGAUGUCGAUAACGGUUAACUAUGUUUUCAAUGUAUUUAUGUUAGCAAUGGCAACUCCCGCAAUAACAGCUACUCCUGUUGUGGAUGUAAGACCGAUGCAUUUUGCAAAUUUUUUGCAAUUGGAUAAUAAUGGCGACUACAACGUGUCGUGGGUGUACAACAACAGCAUGGAUACUUUGCACUUUAUGGUAGAAGUCAAAACCACUGGCUGGAUUGGAUUUGGCGUGGCUACCCAAGCACCAAACAUGAUGAUGAACUACGAUGUGGCCGUCGGAGGAGUGUCUGGUGGUGCAGGUUAUUUAUGGGUAAAGAGUUUGUCGAUCUUUAUUUCCUUGAGAGAAGCCUUUUAAAUUGGAUGUCUUUAUAUUCGCUGUCGCUACCUUAGUAAUAUUGUAAAGCUGCCACGGCCUUUUCGUGUUGUCAGCCAAGGUGUUUUGUUCCCCUCAACAAGAUUCAUCUAAACAAGAAUUGACUGCGGCAUAUCAGGGAAAACAGGAUAAAGAUGAUUUUACCAGCAAGAUUUGUGCCGUGCACUUCUAUCCACUUUUGCCUUAAAAAUAAGGAGUUGAAUUUUAAAUGUGAUGUUAUUUCCAUUAUAGGAUUAUCUGACCGUGGGUCGUAGGCAGCCGCAGUUGGACCUGCAACAGGACUUGAUACUGACUUAUUCUAGAGAGGAAAAUAGUGUAACAACAUUAAGAUUUUAUCGACAGCGAGAUACUAACGAUUCUGCUAAUGACACAGUUAUUCAGGUAACAAAGGUGCUUUUUGUGUGCCAUUCAAUAAGAGGCUUCCUUAAAAUUCUUUACAGAAUGAUUGCUUUUAUCUGGUUUAAAUGAUUCAAAUCAGAUACAAUUCAGUUAGAUAAGAGACAACAAAAUAUCUACUUGACUGCAUUAGAUCAUAUAUUAAUCUGUUGCUUUGCGUUUUAAUAAGUAAUAAAUUAUUAUCAAUAUUAUUAUUAUUAUUAUUAAAUUGCAACAUCCCCAAAAAAUGUUAUUCCCUUUCUAAAGAAAUCGAAUGAUAAUGAUCAAUGAUAAUCUUGGUGAAAUAUGUUUUCAAGACUAUUAAAAUUCGCGCGUUUCCACGCUGUUGAAAGUUAAUUACGUUGUUGUGACGUCAUGGAAGGAGACCAUUUGGCACGUACUCACAAUCAUUGGGGCAAAAAGUAAUAAAGGGAAAGUGCUUAAGGCGAGCAAGUUCUUUCUUCAAAAAUACAUUCAGCACGCGUAUAACCUUAGAGUGGAAUCUUUUGAAGCCCGAUACUUAUUCGAAAAUCGGCUGUUUUGCUACAAUCCAAGAAAAAUGGAGGCAUCAAGCAUGAUUCCAACUUUGAUCCCAGCUUACACUUCAGAGAAGUAUGUCUUGCUCGCGUGAAAUUUAUCUCCCUCUGGGACGUGACAUUGUCCGUAGUGCUAGGUACUAACCACAAGAAUCGCCGAAAUUUUAUACUUUAAAAACUUGUAAAGAGUAAUGGAAAGACGUCGGAGCACUAACCUUUUCGCACAAGUUUAACCAGACCAAUAUUGCCGCGUGGUUUGUUUUAGCAAAAAAUAUUUUUGGUGGGUUGUUGUACUCUAAAUUUCCAUUACUUAAGCAAUAGAAAGCUUUCUGUUUAUAAUAUAUGAAAACUGUGGAAAUGAAAUGAAAAUGAAGAAAUGAUCAUCGCAGUGAACGCAAUUUAUGCAACUGCGUAAAGAAGCCUGAAAAAAAAAAAUCAGGACUUCAACGGGGUUUGAACCCGUGACCUCGCGAUACCGGUGCGAUGCUUUACCAACUGAGCUAUGAAGCCACUGACAUUGGGAGCAGGUCAAUUGUGAGGUCAUAUGUUCCCGUGAAAGAAAUGAGUGUUAAUGAUAUAUGAAAUAAAUCAUAUAUGAAAAGCGUUUUCCGUGUUUCCAGAGCCAGAUAUGAGCACAAAGGGUGUUGGGAAAAUUCAAGACAGUUGCAUAACUGUCCAGAAUUUUUGGAACGGUAACCUACCAAGCGACAAUUUUCAAUCCAAUCUGUAACGAAAUUAUUAUUUUCGAUUCUAAAAUAGUUCUGUUUCUGCGGGCUUAUGCCAUAGGACUGGCUUUUAACUGUACCUUGAUUAGCAGGAAGAAAAUGGCGUUUUAUCUCUCUGGGUUUCCUUGUUUGUGAUUCCCAUAAUUGUUUUACCAAAAUGAUGUUAUCUGCUUUGUAGUACUACAUGCUAAAUAAUAUAACGGCAGUAAAUAAUGUGUCGAAUUGCAAGUCAAACAAGACUUAUUUUCGAACAAUAUUAAGGAAAAUUGUUUUUUGUCAUAGCCUGGCAUGCCGAUUUUUCUAGUUUGGGCUUAUCACCCUUCGGUUGAUGCACAACCCAGCUCGUUUUCUGGGCACUCGAAUGAUGCAAGAGGAGUGAUGCAACAAACUCUUAUACCUGCUGCCAUUACACCGACCCCAACACCAGGUAGGAAUGUUCACUCUAGAAAAGAAAAACCAACUGAAAAUUCGAUAAUUAAGAAUUAUGUGAAGUCUCAGCAAGGCAUCAAUUCGCAAGCUAAUUGCUUUUACAAUCUAUGAGCUUUGCUACAAUAAUGCGGAAGGUAUAUUGAUGAAACCGUCAAAAAGCUAGAAUUUCAUAUGCCUGUUGCGUUUCAUAGCCAUGUGAUUUUGAAACUGGAAAAUGACCCGUCGUGUCAUCACUAAGACUCUUUAUUGCUUUCUUUUAAACCAUAAAGAAAAGUGGAUUAAAGUACCUCCUUUCAGGAAACUAAAAAGGAAUGCUUGCGUCACAUUGCAUUUCUCCCGCCUUUAAUUCAAGAUGAUGUCGAUAAGGGUUAACUAUAUUUUCAACGUAUUUAUGUUAGCAACGGCAACUCCCGCAAUAACAGCUACUCCUGUUGUGGAUGUAAGACCGAUGCAUUUUGCAAAUUUUUUGCAAUUGGAUAAUAAUGGCGACUACAACGUGUCGUGGGUGUACAACAACAGCAUGGAUACUUUGCACUUUAUGGUAGAAGUCAAAACCACUGGCUGGAUUGGAUUUGGCGUGGCUACCCAAGCACCAAACAUGAUGAUGAACUACGAUGUGGCCGUCGGAGGAGUGUCUGGUGGUGCAGGUUAUUUAUGGGUAAAGAGUUUGUCGAUCUUUAUUUCCUUGAGAGAAACCUUUUAAAUUGGAUGUCUUUAUAUUCACUGUCGCUACCUUAGUAUUGUAAAGCUGCCAGCAUUUCGUGUUGUCAGCCAAGGUGUUUUCUUCCCCUCAACAAGAUUUAUCUAAACAAGAAUUGACUGCAGCUUAUCAGGGAAAAUAGGAUAAAGAUGAUUUUACCAGCAAGCCGUUCGUGCCGUUUACAUCUAUCCACUUUUGCCUUAAAAAUAAGGAGUUGAAUUUUAAAUGUGAUGUUAUUUCCAUUAUAGGAUUAUCUGACCGUGGGUCGUAGGCAGCCGCAGUUGGACCUGCAACAGGACUGGAUGCUGAGUUAUUUUAGAGAGGAAAAUAGUGUAACAACAUUAAGAUUUUAUCGACGGCGAGAUACUAAUGAUUCCCCUAAUGACAUAGUUAUUCAGGUAACAAAGAAGGUUUUUGUGUGCCAUUCAAUAAAUGGCUUCCUUCCCAACGUUAACCUGCCAAGUGAGAUGUUUCAAUCCAAUCCGGUGAAAUUAUUAUAAGAUUUUAAAACAGUUCUGUUUCUGCGAGCUUAUUCUAUAGGACUGGCUAUCAGGUAUACCUUAAUUUGCAAAAAAAAAAUGUUGUUUUAUCUCCCCAUGAAAUUUUUUUACAGAAAUGAUGUUAUCGGCUUUGUACUAAAUAAUAUCAUGGCAGUUUGUAAUAAUGUGAAUUCCAACUCAAACAAGAAUUAUUUUCCAACACUUAAGGAAAAUUGUUUUUUUUUACAGCCUGGCAUGUCGAUUUUUCUAGUUUGGGCUUAUCACCGUUCGGUUGAUGCACAAUCCAGCUCGUUUCCUCAGCACCCGAAUGAUGCAAGAGGAGUGAUGCAACAAACUCUUAUACCUGCUGCCAUUACAACGACCCCAACACCA